CAAUUUGUAAGCAUUUAGUAUCGUGCUACAUGUAUUCGGUGCCAGAAGUCACAGCAAACGACACCAGGCUCAUACAAAAUAGAUACAUAUCUCGUCAACAAAAAGAUAUCUCGAUUGUUUUGAUGUAUCUUAAAAUUUUGUUUUUGUAAAAUUUAAAACUGUGGUUUACGUAAACUUUUUGUCCUUGUUGUCAUUGUUUCUUUGCGUUUAAAGAAUUUAUUUAAUCUUGUUAAAUGUGCAACUCACAAUCAGCUUAAAAUUGGAGACGAACAAAAAAAAAGAGAAUUAAUUGAAAAGUGCGCACCUUGAAUUUUCGAAAACUUUCCUUUAAGUUAGUAGAGAUCGGUUUCCGUUCGUUACAGACAUUAUAAUUGGUUUUAUUCAAAUUGUUUUUCUUAUCAUAUUUUCGAGAUUUGUGAUAAAAAAGGAAGGAAGGUGAAAAAGAAACAAACACACACCAAAUAUUAAUCAACAGAAAAAGAAAAAAAUCAUAGCAAAUCCAAUAAAAUUGUUUACAAUCGCGAAAUGCAAACAUUCAAUUCGAACUCCGGCGCAAAAUUUUCUUGUGCUCUGAUUUUGUGAUCCAAAUGAAUUCGAAUAUACACUAUACCCAUACAAAGCAUAUAUUGUCUUUUAUCGAAUUAGUUUGAUCCAUUGUUUUCAAUUGUUGAUGCAAUUUGCAAUAUAUUCGAUUUUGUGGUAUUAACAGCAUCAAUCACGUGCAAGUGUUAUUGUUCUAAUACAUUGAAGAAGACAAGUUGAUAAGUGUUAUCAUAAGUGAAUUUUGUGGCUAAGUUGAAUGAAAAAUUCGACGAUCAACAUGCCAUUUUUCCAACAAUCAGUGUGAAUGAAAGAGAAAAAAAAAUUCACAAGAAGAUUUUUUCCUUUUGGCAAGAAUAUAUUGACUUGCAAUUGAUUUUAAAUUUAAACUACUAAUGUGAAUCGACGCAUAUGAACUAAAAUUUGAGAAAAGAAAUAGACAUAAAAAAAAUAGUUUACAGUUACUACAUCACUCAAUUAACCUUUUGAACGUACACUGACAAUGUGAUAACUAAACGUUGUUUAUAUGAAAAUAUGAUGUGAAUAGAAAAAAAAACAAGAUUUUCUUUCAGUUUUAUAUAAAAAAUAAGAAAAAACUGGCCGUUUAAAUAAAGUGAAAUUAUAUUUAAAAAAAUCCAAAGUUUGAACUGAAUUAAAGUGAUAUUGAAAACGAACCGAUAUUUGAAAAUUAGACUGGUUAAAAUUUGAAUUUGACAAAACAAAUAAUAUAGCAACAAUGCCUGACAGUCCUCAGCCUGUUUCGCGUCAUUCAACGUCGCCCAAGACACCAGCUUGUAGUCCACCAUUGAUUGCUGAUGUUAAACCAUCGCCAUCAUCAAAGGCUAACUCGCCAACCGCAUCGCCGUCGCUUCCAAACUCAUGGCACAAUGCACAGACCAAUUAUAAACCACAAACAACGUCCACACCGUUAACCAGUGAAAAAUCACCAUUGAAUCCGCAACAGUAUUGUUUACGUUGGAAUAACUACACAUCAAAUCUAACGAAUGUAUUCGAUCAACUGUUGCACAAUGAAUCGUUUGUUGAUGUUACACUUGCCUGUGAUGGCAAAUCGAUAAAAGCUCACAAAAUGGUCUUAUCAGCCUGUUCACCAUAUUUUCAAUCAUUAUUUUUUGAAAAUCCAUGCCAACAUCCCAUUGUUAUAUUGCGUGAUGUUAAAUGGGCUGAAUUGAAAUCGGUCGUUGAAUUUAUGUACAAAGGUGAAAUAAAUUUGGCCCACGAUGAAAUCGGGCCGCUUCUCAAUGUUGCCGAAAUGCUAAAAAUUCGCGGUUUGGCCGAUGUCAAAGGUGAUCAUGAUGCAAUUAAAUUGGAACAUUCAUCAGCAUCAUCGGGAUCAUUGCCCGAAAUAAUACCGGUUGCAAAACAACCGAAAAUAAAUGCAUCACCCGAUUGGGAUCUAAAUAAAAUCGAUUUUCUAAUGCGAAAUGUGUCCGCAUCAUCGUCACCAUCAGCAACCACCAAUGCCAACAACGUCAAUCGAAACCAAAGAAAACGUAAUUGGCCCAAUGGUAGCGGCACAGCCACACUAGCAAACCCAUCGAAUUCAAGUAGCACAAGCAAUCACACAAUUAGCCUAAGCAGUAGAAAUGUGAAAAACAAUAAUGGCAACAGUAACAGCACAAACAACAGCAAUAACAGCAGUCUUCCACACACUGAUUCACAAUCAAAUGAUGAUAUGGAAAUAAAGCCUGUGAAUCCGAUCGAUGGUUUAGAGACACGUUCACAGUCUUCACUAUCGGAAGAUCUGCCGGUUGAUGCAUCAAACACGCCAACACCCCCGACCGUUCGAAAUUCUGGAUUAAACAUUCCCGAUGCUGGAUCGUUAUCAUCACUUAGCGGUCUUCCGCACGCCGAUUCACAUUCAAAUGACGAUAUGGAAAUAAAGCCAGGCAUCGCUGAAAUGAUACGUGAAGAAGAGCGCGCAAAAUUAAUGGAAUCGAAUCCAUGGUUGGCUCCAUCAACGUCUGCAUCGCUUGCAGAAAGCUAUCAGUACCAAUUGCAAUCAAUGUGGCAAAAAUGCUGGAGCACAAAUCAGAAUUUAAUCCAUAAUUUACGUUUUCGUGAACGUGGUCCACUAAAAUCAUGGCGUCCCGAAACGAUGGCCGAUGCCAUAAUGAGCGUACUGAAAGAUGGUUUGUCAUUGUCACAAGCGGCACGAAAAUAUGACAUUCCAUAUCCAACAUUUGUUCUAUAUGCAAAUCGUGUUCAUAAUAUGCUUGGACCAUCAAUGGAUGGUGGCACUGAUUUACGACCAAAGGGUAGAGGCCGACCGCAACGAAUUUUAUUAGGCGUUUGGCCUGAAGAAACAAUCAAAGGUGUGGUAAAAACCGUUGUAUUUCGUGACGCAAAAGAGCUACGAUGCGAAGAGGCUGGCAUGCAACUCACCGCUUUUGGUAGACACUCGCCAAUGUUUCCGUUCAGUGAUGGUCAAUUAGAUUUCUCUGGUGGUUUGCCAAAUCAUGCACUGAACGCAAAUUUACCGGUCAAUUUGGAUAGCGAAUCGUUAAAUUCACUAGCAAUAGGCCGUUGUUGGCCUUCAUUAGCCAAUCAACAAGCAUCUUCCGGAUGAAUAAAUUCAUCAUUGAUACGAAGCAAACCGAUUCUAUUACGCCGCAAUAGCAGCCACUCAAUCCAUUGAAUAUAAAUGAACUGAGUUAACGAAAGACCACGACCGACGGAUUCAACUAGAUGCAUUUUUCUCCAGCACUUUUACACAAGCAUUUACACAUAGAAUCGGAAUUCGGCAAGAGGAACAAACUCUGAAUUAAUUAGCAUCCGCGUAUAGUUUUUAUUUAAUUUGAAAUCCAGGGAUUUAAACAUUUUGUUCAUUUUUUUUUCUUUCGUAUUGUUGCAUCGAAUGCUUGGUUAGACGAUUUCGGUUGGCCGUAGAUUUUAUGAUAAUAUAUUUGAUUGAAAUUUAUCAAUCGAACUGUUAAAUAAACCAAUUUCAUUAAAACAAAACACCGUUAAAAUGAAUUACCUACAUUUAUUGGGAAAAAAGAGUGGAGAUAACAUACAUAUUACAAUUAUAAUUCAAAUGACAAGAGCAUUUUAGUUGAAUUUAAUUUCACAAUUAUAUAUAUUUAUUUGUUUAUUAAUUUUUGUGUCUUGGUUUACGAAAAUGUAGACUUUGAUUGCAGUUUCAUGAAUAUCGAUACAUUGACAAUUUCUUCGCAAUCAUACAGUCGAAAUACUCAUAAAAAUAAGUGUCUAAAUUUAUGUUUGAGUCUCUUGAUAUCUGUCGAUUCAAUAGAGUUUUUAGAGAAAUGAUAAACAUAUUGGGACUUAAGGCAGUGCUCGAAUUGCACAACCGGUACAUACACAACACUAAAAUAAUAAUCAAGUGAUAAGUACAAUUCACAGAGAGACAGAGACACAAUCACUUACCCACAGUUAUUAGAUGAAUUAAUAUGAGAAUGGAAACAAGCGACAAUUUAUAAAUUAAAGCGUUAGAAUUUAAUUAAGAAAAAAUGAAGUAACAUGGAAAAAGUGCAUUUUUAGAUCAAUAAAAAAAUAAUUAUUAUAAUAUGUAUUAGUUAGAUUUAAUAUUAAGAUCGAACACAAAUACAAACACAAAUAUACAUUUACAUGAUGACACCCAAAAGGGGCGGCCCAUGCAUGUAUCAAAUAUUUCGGAACAAUCAAUUAGGAUGGAUUCUUGGUUUUCUUUCGAAUCGAACUCAAUCGAUGGAAAUCGGCAAGGCAAAGUGCUUCAAUGCACCAAAUAAACAGCAGUAGCAGUCAAUAAGCAAUAAUAACAGUACAUGUUUUUUUUUGUAGCGAUAUAACUAUAUAAUUUGACCAAACCACAUCUGUUAUCUAUGCUUUGCAAUCGAUAUGGCCCAAUCAUCAUUUUUUUUUCUUAAAUUGCAUUUUUAGAGUCGUUUAUUUUUUUAAUAUACUUUGAAUAAUUUCGAUUAAGUUCUCGAAUGAUUAUAAUAUGUAUUUGUGAUAUUUCCGAUAAAGAAAUGAACCUAUCAAAUCGCUGUAAUAAUAAUUCGAUGACUUUUUUGUUCUCGAAAUACAAAAUAAGAGAAUUUGAAGGCGAACUAGCGAAAAUGAGACGGAGUGAAAGAUGUGAAAAUCGUAUUAUACACACAACACCUGUAGAAAUUGUAGGAAAGCAACAGAGUAAGUUUUAUGUACCAAUUAGAUGAAAAUCUGAACACAUUUAUGUAAUUGUGACGAUAUUAAAAAUAGAAAUAAUACAGACAUUUAUAAAAACAAA